AUGAAGGAAAACAAUGAAACAACAAAGCACAAGUCAUCCACAAUGAGCUCUAUUCUCUACCCAAACGAACCAACUACCGAUAUUAUCAAUGACCAUCCUUCAAGAAUAUGCAUGGAUGAACUCCCUCUCGAUAUCGUCUUCAAUAUUUUUUCAAGAAUACCCCUGAAGUCGCUGUUUCAAUUCAGGUGCGUAUCUAGACCAUGGUGCAACAUUAUUGAUCACCCAUAUUUGGCCAACAUGCACAUAGAACAAGUCGGGGACGAACCUACACCAAUACUUGUUUUUGAUCCUAGGCUGACAAAAUCCACCAUGACUAUGAGUUUGUAUUUGCUAAAAGAAAAGGGUGAGACUUUAGAAACAAGUGAGAAUCCUCUCCUAGAGUUCGAUUUAAAGGGGUAUUGUUUCACGGGUUCUUGCAAUGGAUUGCAAUAUUUUACAGAAGGUGGUGAUGAAGGGUGUGUCAUUGUGUCAAAUCCUCUUAGAGAAGAGUUUCAAAGGCUUCCAUCGAUAGAAAUUCAGUGUCCUAAUCUGCCACGCUGGAAGACUUACGGAUUAGGUUUCGAUAUUUCAACAAACACUUUCAAGAUGAUUUGUGUUUUCUUUCGUGAAUUGAAUUUUGGAGGAUCAAGUUGUUAUGGGUUGGGCACAUUAGUGCACACAGUAGGAACAAACACAUGGAAGGAGAUAGAUGAAGUUCCUACUUAUCCAAUCUAUUGUACUCCUGUAUUUGCACAUGGAGCUUUGCAUUGGCUUGUUGACCCUUUCUCCGAUUUCGACAAUUUCAUCGUUUCUUUCGAUGUUGGGAAGGAGAAGUUCGACUUGAUUCCUUAUGCUAACUUGCAGUCAAAAGAUUUUCGGUUUUUCCAGUUGGUUGAUCUGAAUGGAGAUUUGGGUAUGACUGAUCUUUCAUAUGAUACAAAAAUCGAGAUAUGGGUCAUGAAGGAUUAUGUCCCAAAAAAGUGGGUCAAAGAAUAUAUAUUGUACAUAGGUGCCCCUUGUAGGAGACCUGAUAAUAGACAUUUUAAGGUUGUUGGCCUUUGGAAGAAUGGUGGAAUACUGCUCAAGUCUUAUGAAGGUUAUUUUAUCUAUAAUCAAGAGACAGGCCUAACAUGGUACAGCUACAACCGGGUUAAUUCAUCUGUUUAUAUUCAUAGAGGGGGCUUGAUCUCCUUGUCUAAGUAUGUUGUGGUUUCAUUACUCUUCUUCUAUAUAUAUGUAAGGUACUGUGACACCGGUAACAAUGCAGCUGAAUGCGUCGUUGUUUUGGAUACAAAUUUGCAUUAG